AUGGAUUACCUUACCAAUCUGUUGCCUGAGCUGCAAAUACGAGUUAUCGAGUACCUUGACUAUAUUUCCUUAGCGGUUCUGUCACAGACAAGUCAAUAUCUCCGGACUAAUCUACAAGUUCAAAGCCCUACUACGACACCGCAACAGAAGAUAUUAUAUCUGUUCGCCGCAGAGGAAUGGAAAAGUCAAGAAAAUUGCUUGCUCAACAUCUUAUAUGCCCUAGUCCCCGACAUAUCUACAACUCUUAUCUCCAAGAACAUUUUGCCUGGUUACCCCAAAUCAGCGGCUCAUGAGGCAGAAGUAGUGGGAAGAAGUGUUUUUGUGUCAUCCCAUGAUGUUCACGAGAUACUCCGAUCUAAUCAGGUUGCCGUCGGGAAAGCCAAAAGGAAGCCGGUCACCGUAUCUCUUGUUCCUGACAGAGAGCCGAAUAUACUCCGUCCUCGAUGGAACGAAAUCCAAAACACCGCUUCAUCGGCGGGGGAAAAUUCAUCAAUCGGGGAUCCGCCGAGCUCCACCGAUGGCGAAAAGCCAGAAUCCACCGAGUAUCGCCUCGCCCGAUCGAGCAGGCCUGCCGAAUCACAGAUCCACGAGGGUGGUGGUUGA